AUGCCAGAGCCAUUGGAAUACGCCCAGAACUUUGUGGAUUUCUUAAAUGUAUCUCCUACGCCUUACCAUGCCGUGGCGUAUGCAAAGAAAAAAUUGACUGAUUCUGGAUUUCAAGAAUUGAAAGAGAAGGAUGCUUGGGAUGAUAAAGUUGGAAAAAAUGGCAAGUAUUUUGUCACCAGAAACACAUCUUCUUUGAUCGCCUUUAGCGUGGGAAACUCAUACAGAAAUGGAAAUGGAGUUGCGAUUGUUGGAGCUCAUACCGAUUCUCCAUGUCUUCGGAUCAAGCCUAUUUCGAAGAAGAAUAAGGAAGGUUUUAUGCAAAUUGGAGUUGAAGUUUAUGGCGGAAUGUUAGCCCAUACUUGGUUUGACCGUGAUUUGUCGGUGGCUGGACGUGUAUAUGUCAAGAGUAAUGGCCAAUUGGUUCCCAAGUUGGUGAAUCUUCAUAGGCCGUUAUUACGGAUUCCAACCUUGGCGAUUCAUUUCGACCGUCUGGCGAAUCAGAAGUUCGAGUUCAAUAAAGAGGAGAAAUUGGUGCCUAUAGCUGGUCAGGUUGCUCACGAUAAACAUGAACUUGAAAAACCUUCGUCUUGUGCCGACGAUCCAGCAUUGCAAAUGUCCAGCGAACAAUUUGAAUCUGUUCAGUCGGUGGUCCAGAGACACAACAACACGUUACUUGAGCUAAUUGCUAGAGAUUUGGACGUAAAAGUCGAGGAUAUUGAGGAUUUUGAAUUGAUUCUCUACGACUACCAGGACUCGACAUUGGGUGGUCUUAAUGACGAAUUCAUAUUCUCUGGCCGUCUAGACAACUUGACAUCGUGCUACUGUGCCAUCCAAGCCAUUCUGGAAACCAAUUCAAGCGAUCAUAUCCAAAUGAUUUCGCUUUUCGACCACGAAGAAAUUGGAUCGGUUUCUGCUCAGGGUGCGGAAUCGUCAUUUUUACCUGAUGUUCUCGAGAGAAUUUCUCGUAUCGACAUCGAAAAGGUGGAAUCGUCCUUUGUGCCCUUUCUGCCCCAAUUGAGAGCCAAUUCGUUCUUGCUUUCGUCAGAUAUGGCCCACGGUUUUCACCCCAACUAUGUCCUGAAUUACGACGAAAAGAACAAACCUCAAGUCAAUGGUGGCCCAGUGAUCAAGAUCAAUGCCAAUCAGAGAUAUGCAACGAAUUCUGCUGGAAUCGUCAUGUUGAAACAGAUCGCCAACAAGGCCAAAGUUCCAUUGCAAUUGUUUGUGGUACGUAAUGAUCACCCAUGUGGUUCCACCAUUGGUCCUGCUCUCUCGGCAAAGUUGGGUAUCAGAACCUUGGAUUUGGGAAACCCGCAACUUUCAAUGCAUUCUAUUCGAGAGACUGGAGGCUCGUUUGAUAUCAAGAAAUUGGUGGAUCUUUUCAAAGGCUUUUUUGAAACUUUUACCCAAGUUUCAGAGCUUACAGUUGUGGACUAG